GAUUGAGGUAGAGGGAAUUAGUUUGUGUUAGGGAGAAAAUUUGGGGAAUAGAACUUUAUCGGCGGAUAUUUAGGUGUUCGAAUUUGGAGCAUUGCGUUUUACACGUAUAACUGAACAACUUUUGUUCCUGAGAUGUCCAGUUUAAUGAACACUUAAAACGUGAGAUGAUAAUAACAAACCACAUUUUGUUGCUAAAGAAAUGGGUCUGAACUUCUGCUGCGGUACAGUAUAUUGCGAGUCCUCUUUCUUUUGGCUUUCGUGGAUUUUCAUUCCUAACUUGAAUAGGGCAUGUUUGUAUCUGUCUCAUUCUCUGCCAAACAACACAAUUAUCUCAUAGUUAUAAAAACACAGGUUUGUCUUUGUUAUAUUUAAAGCAUGAAUGCCAGACAUAAGCAGAUUCUGCGGAAAUUCCGUCUAGAAAUCUCCUCUCAAAUACUAGUGGAUGGUUUAGUGGUACAAUAUCUGUAUCAGGAGGGCGUUCUGACACAGAAUCAAGUAGAAGAAAUAAAGUCAGAAAACACUAACCAGAAGAAAGCCAUGAAGUUGCUAGAUAUUCUUCCCAUCAGGGGUCCAAAGUCAUUUGAGAAGUUCCUAGAAUCAUUGGAAGAGUUUCCAUGGGUCCGAGAGAAAUUAAUUUGGGAAUGCAUGAAUCAGGAAAUGCCAGAAAAUCAAGCAGAAUCCUGGAUGUACAGAGUACCCGAGCAUAUUCUGAAUAGUGUACCACCUGAUAAACAGUUGAACAAACUGGCCAGCAAAUUAGGAUCAGAAUGGGAAAGUAUUGUAUUUGAGCUUGGUCUGUCCUCUGUUGAUAUUUACAAAUGCAAAGUCCAUUACCCACACAAUGUGCAGUCCCAGAUUGUGGAAGCUCUAGUAUUGUGGAAACGGCGGUGUGGGAAGAAAGCAACUGUACAUAGUUUGUGCGAAGUCUUGACUGCACAAGACGUGGACCCUGCUAUUGUAAUCGCAAUAUUUCAGUAGAGCAUUUGGUUGUGUUAGUCAUUUUCUAGUGUGUGUGGUGUACAUUUUGUCUUCCAAUUUUUUUACUGAAGGUGCAUAUAUUGUAUAGAAAGUUAAAUUAAAUAAACUUUUAAUGGUAUGUAAGGAU